CGGGCAAACCCAACCGUUACUUACAUUGUAAUAUUUAAAUUUCAAAAUAAUAAAUAGAAUAAUAAAAUGUCAAACCGUUCCAAGUGAUGAUGUUGCCAUCCCACUGUUCGGACCUGCUGUCUUUGUAUCGUUCUGUCAAACUGUUCAAUGUAUUCGUGUACCUCUUCACGGAGUGUAUGUUUUUUCCCCAUUGUUUCUAAGUUAAUUUACACGCAAAUUUUCACGGGUUUCUUGCUCUACAGUUCGAGUAUCUUUAGUCUCGUUUAUGUUAAAGUAUCAUACUAAAAGCAUAUUUCGUUCUCUAACCGAACCAAGAAGCACCAAAUACCGCACGUAUUUCAGUACCAAGUUUCCCUUUCUUUGUGUGAAGAAAAGUCGUGAAUUUUCACACCGUCUGUGUGUUUUUUUCCGCAAACAAAAGCGACCCAUGUCGAAGGGCAACGUAGAUUAGAAAUCCGUUUUUGCUUCGAUCCGUGUCUAGUGGUUCCGACUCCGGCACAAGAUGGGCAAUACGGACACGAAGCUAAACUUUCGCAAAGCAAUCGUACAGCUGACGAGCAAAAGUCAGCCGAUCGAUGCGAGUGAUGACGCAUUUUGGGAGCAGUUCUGGUGCGAACAUAACACACCGGUGCAGGAUGUGUUUGCGCUGGUACCGGCGAACGAGAUACGCAAGGUGCGAGAUGUAAUGCCGAAGAAUUUGGCCACGCUCUGCUACAAGGCGACGGAGCGGAUGGUACGGGCGGUGGAUAACAGCUGUCGGACACAGGGUGAACAGCAGACGGUACUGAACUGUGUCCGCUUGCUAACACGUAUCCUGCCGUACGUGUUCGAGGAUGUCCAGUGGAAGGACUUUUUCUGGUCGUCUCUUCCGUCGGGCAGCGAGAAGGAAGAAACCGGUUCGGUUCCAUUGGCCCAGAGCUUGCUGAAUGCCAUAUGUGAUCUGCUCUUCUGUCCGGACUUUACCGUCGUCGGGUAUCGCAAAUCGGGCCCGGAAAAGGCGGAAGAACUGAACUCGAUCGAUAGCUGCGAGUACAUCUGGGAGGCCGGCGUAGGUUUUGCCCAAUCGCCACCCCGCAACGGUAGUAUGGAUUCGAGGCGUACGGAGCUGCUGAAGCUGCUGUUGACGUGCUUCAGCGAAACCAUGUACCGUCCACCGACGGCCAGCGAUGAACCGAACCGUUGGAUCGUACACUUUACCAGUGCGGACAAUCGGCAUGCGCUGCCCCUGUUCACCUCGCUGCUGAACACGGUCUGUGCGUACGAUCCGGUCGGUAUCGGUGUGCCGUACAAUCAUCUCCUGUUCACGGACACGCUCGAGCCGCUGGUUGAGGUUUGUCUGCAGAUCUUAAUCGUCACGCUCGACCAUGACAUUACGAGCAAUGGGCCGGCACAGUCGUCCGCGUACAUACACGACGACAGUACGAUCGCGGACAAUCUCUUCAUCAACUAUCUGUCGCGCAUUCACCGGGAUGAUGAUUUUCAGUUCAUACUGAAGGGUGUGACGCGCUUGCUAAACAAUCCGCUGGUGCAGAGCUAUCUGCCAAACUCGACCAAGCGACUCCACUGCCACCAGGAGUUGCUGGUGUUCUUCUGGAAGAUUUGUGACUAUAACAAGAAAUUUCUCUACUUUGUGUUGAAAAGCAGUGACGUGCUGGACAUACUCGUACCGAUACUGUACCAUCUCAAUGAUUCCCGUGCCGAUCAAUCACGCGUUGGACUGAUGCACAUUGGUGUGUUCAUUCUAUUGCUGCUAUCCGGCGAGCGUAACUUCGGCGUCCGGCUAAACAAACCCUACACCGCGACCGUACCGAUGGACAUUCCCGUGUUUACCGGCACACACGCGGAUCUGCUGAUAACGGUGUUUCACAAAAUCAUUGCCACCGGGCACCAGCGGCUGCAGCCACUGUUUGACUGUCUGCUGACGAUUCUCGUGAACGUUUCGCCGUACUUGAAAACACUCUCGAUGGUGGCCAGCAUUAAGCUGCUCCAUCUGCUGGAAGCAUUCAGCACACCCUGGUUCCUGUACUCGGCACCGUCGAACCAUCAUUUGGUGUUUUUCCUGCUGGAAAUCUUUAACAACAUCAUCCAGUAUCAGUUCGACGGGAACUCGAACCUGGUGUACACGAUCAUCCGCAAGCGGCAGGUAUUUCAUGCGCUCGCCAAUCUUCCUACGGAUGCGGCCGGCAUUGCGCGAUGUCUCAGCAACCGUAAAGGUGGCAGCGGAGGUGGAACGGGCGCCGGUGGUGGAAGAACGGGUGGUUCUAGUCAAGGGUCCGGCUCGAGAAGUCUGGCCGGGCACGAUGAUGCCGCUGAUUAUCAGCAGCGAAAGGCUGCCCUCACUGCAACCGGUCCCGCUGGCGGUUCCAUCGCAGGCGAUGAAAGUGAGGAAGACCGUGUCGUUACACGAACGGGGCGGCUCGCUUUGCGCGAUGCGGAUAGCGCAAGCGAACGUGAAGAGGACGCCCGGAUCGGUGAUGAGGAUGCGCGUAGCGAUAUUGUUGAGGAAUCGAUGGAAGGUUCGCGACCGGCGCAGGAAGCCGAACCCGGUACGUUGAAGGCCACGCUGCUCGAUACGCCCAAUCUGGCACAGAUCACUGAACGGGAAUCGGCACACCCGAGCGAUCUCGCUAGCCCUUCAUCGCCGGAUGUGCCGACAGUGGCGGAAAAGACAGUGACCGCAAGCGAUGAAGAGGAACCGGAAGCCAAUGGUACCAACAAGGGUGCUGGUACGGAUUCGUCACCAAGCAAAACGCCUUCCCCACUGAGACGGUCGGUGGCGCAGCGUGGAAGCUUGCGCGUUACACCUGCCCCGGUGCACGGCGCCCAGGUGAAACAGUGGCAACCGGCACCGGAAUGGGUACAAUCGUGGCGCUCGAAGCUACCGCUCCAAACGAUCAUGCGCUUGCUGCAAGUGCUCGUACCACAGGUGGAAAAGAUCUGCAUCGAUAAAGGCCUUACCGAUGAGUCGGAAAUACUGAAGUUUCUGCAGCACGGUACGCUGGUCGGUUUGCUGCCGGUGCCGCAUCCGAUCUUGAUACGGAAGUAUCAAGCGAACGGUGGUACAACGGCCUGGUUCCGCACGUACAUGUGGGGCGUUAUCUAUCUGCGGAACGUCGAUCCGGCCGUCUGGUACGAUACGGAGGUGAAACUGUUCGAGAUACAGCGCGUCUAAGGCCCGGGACACACUGGUAAGCGUGAAUAUAGUUCUUAUUCGAUACUAACCAACCCAUCAACUUCAUCUCGUGGUGUAAGCUUUUCUAACGUUGUUACUAUUUCGGUACCGAAGGUUAAAGCAUGAUGCCUUUGAAUGUAGCAUAAGAGAUAGAAUCUGUAGCAGAAAGUUAGGAAAGAUUUUCCAACGGAAACAGCGGCGAAAAUGCGCCGUACUUCAGCAUUCAAAUCUGACCAGACCAUUCCGUCUAAUCGCCAUUUGGGAAGGAAAAACCAAAACGUAAAAACUAAAACAAAGUAAGAUAUUCCCGCAAGUGAAGGAUGCCACGUUUGACCGAUUUUUUAACGCUUUUCUAUCCACCAUUAGUUUGUUUGUCCGCUUAAACUAUCAAUACGGAAGCUUUAAAGUAGUAUGCAACCAGUGCAGCUUAAAACUCCUCCAUGUUUGUCCUCUUUUUUUGUUGUUGUCGGGCAGAGCAUUGCCCUUUCAUGAUAAUAAACUGAAUAAUAAUGAAACAUGCUAAAUCCCUAUAAACUUUGUAAAGAGGCUUUGAUAAAUACACAAUGGCACGCAUAUUCGUGUGAAGCAUAAGAGUUUACGUAAACGAGCAGUUUAAGCAUGGUUAAUGGGGAAAAGGAAGCUGUUAGAACAAGUGUCAGGGUAAAUCAGAUAGCAAGAGGAAGAAAUUGGGAGACGUGCAAAACGUAUCGGCUGACACGUAUGUGCUGACGUAGCCACGUAACUUAAACCAAUCAAAUCUAUAUAACAACAUUAUUACAUAUACAAACCAUACAAUAUAUCAAAUGUACGUGCGUGACGAAGGGGUGGGCACGUUUGCGCUUUCCCCGUGUUAUCGCACGAAGACUGUGUUAAA